AUGCUCUUAAAUUCAUUCAAAACAUCCAGUAGAAUCAUUUCAACAAGAGCAUAUGCUUCUGGCCCGCCUUCUGGUUUCAAGGGGAAUAAUGAACUCAUCACAGACAAUAAGUCUGAACAGCUUCUACAAAUGCUUUAUCCCAUAAAUGUUCCUCAACCUCCAACAAACAGAACGAGUCCUUCAAUUCCUCAUAGAGAUGAUGUUCAAAAGUCUGUAGACGCUGUCUUCCCAGGUGAAGAAGUACAUGAUACUAUUACGAGAGCGUUUAAUGUUUUACAAAGAGCUGAGCAAGACGCUCGCACUAAAGAUCUUGAAAACCGUGAUCUUAGGUUGAGAGAAGCUUUGAGCCGACUCGAAGACACUCACUUUGAAUUAUGGGAAAAAGCUGUUGCUCGACCUCAAAAGAUCAGCACUGCAAAGGUUGGUAAGAAAAAAGCCCAGACAAUGCGCAUACCUGGCUUGUUUCCAAGAGAUUUAAGGGCACCAACAGAAACACCACGAAAUGUAGUUUGGAAUCAUGACUGGAAAGCUCCAAUUGAAUAA